AUGGUUCUGUCAAAGAAGCCUUCAGGAGACUUCUCUUGGGGCAUGAUCCGAGCGCCCUUCGACCUUCAAAAGGAUGAAAGGGUUCAAGGAGGCUUCGAGAAAGGGGGGUUUCAUGAAGGGGGCCUUCAAGGAAGCUUCAGGAAGGAGUUUGAAGUCCGCAUGGGAACGAAGGGUCUUCACAUCACAGCAUACAUCACGUCCAGAUCAUCAUCCCGUCAUCAUCAUCCGUGUUACUUCACUGAAGCAGCUGGAUCUUCCGCCACGCGUAGCAGCGCCAGGCCACGAAGAGCACUCCCAAGGCGUUCGCCUAUGCCUGUGGGCCUUUGA